GAUAAGCUUUAACGAAACGCGUUUGGCUCCUAAUGGGUCCCCGUCAAUGCGGAAGUGUCUCCAUGCUGUAUUUGACGCUCAUUCAUACAAAUAUAAUAUGUUAUCUUUCAUGUGAGUGAAAAAUUAUCAGAAAAUGUUGCGCAGAAAGACAAACGGACGAGAAGAUGCGGACAGUGUCAAACCUGACAGAAAGAAGACAUCAGAGGACUCUGCUGUUCCUCAUGUGACUGUCUCUCAGAGGAGCUGCUGGGCUGUUGUAUCCUUCUGGACGAAGGUUCUGCUCUUCAUCAUCUUCACUCCAGCUUUCCUGAACUACGCCUCACUGCAGAGAGAGGGGCAGGUGCUGUCACCCACAAGUGCUCAGCUGAUUGAUAUCGGCCUCGGCCAACAGAUCCAUCUGUUGUGCAAAGGAUAUGGAAGACCAGUUGUUUUUCUUGAUGCUCCAGCGGGAAUGUCUUCAGAUGUUUGGUACCAUGUGCAAGAGAGUCUUUCAUUAUCAACAAAGGUGUGCACCUAUGACAGAGUCGGUCUGGGUUUUAGCCGAAGAACCCUGCAGAAUGAAACUACAGGCACAGAGAAAGUGUGGGGAAUAUCAACCACUGGAAGGAUGGUGGAUGACCUUCAUCGAUUGGUCAAGGCUGCAGAUAUAGCCACACCUUUCAUUCUGAUUGGCUCUGAGCUGGGCACACUCAAUGGCAGGUUCUACAGCCACAUCCAUGACACGCAAGUGUCUGACCUGGUGCUGAUCGAUCCGAUCCCAGAGGAAGUCUUUGAAGAGGAGAAGUGGCAGCAGUUUUGGUACUCUCACCUCGUCCCAUCCCUGCAGAUGAUGCAGUUUUCUGCAGCUGCAGGUUUGAGUCGUCUGCUCAUAAUUCUGGGCCUGUUGAAGCCGGUCAUUCAGGGAGAUGGUGUCUCAGAGGAGAUCCUACAGAGGCAGAAAUAUCUCCUGUGUAACCCUGCUCACCAGAGCGCUGCAGUAGAUGAACAUUUCUUUCUCAACGAGAGUGCAUCUCAAGUCAGGGAGAUCUCCAGAUAUAAGCCUCUCUCUAGCAAGACAUCUGUGCAUGUGAUCACUGGGGAAUCGUUUGAUGAUCAGCUUCCUUCAGAUCUCAACCAAGUGGUUGCUGAACUUCAGAGCAAGUUUUUGGAGCGUUCUUAUCCCAGUGCCAAUCACAUUCAAAUUCGUGGGGCGGAUCGUCACAUGAUCUACAAAAAUCCAUCCUCGGUUAUCAAAUAUUUGCAUAAGCUUGUGUCACAAAGACAGUCCAACCAACAGAGGCAGUGAGAUGCUACAGAAAAUGCAGCUUCUCUAAUAACAACAGUUCAAUAACAGUUACAUCGCUGCAGCUGUCACGUACUCUCUUCUAUGAUGCAAGAGGCCAAAAAACAGGAUCAUAUUUCUGCUUACAAAGGAAAAAGAAAUCUGUGUUUGUUUGCUGAGGGACUGUACAUUUGGGGUUUUUUUAACUGCUGAAGACAAACUGCCUCUGUACUUUUUUUUUUUUUUUUUUUUUGUCAAAAUGCCUUUUUAUUAUGAAUGCAGUUGAAUUAAAGUUGAGUUGAAUUUAAUAUCUGUCAACAAUAUGUCUGUCAUAUUUCACUUUAAAAACCUAAGGACUAUUUUUAGCAACAAUUUUUUUUUUUUUUUUACAUGUAUUUAUAAAAUAUUCUUCCCCCGAUUCUCAAUACCAUAGUAUGUUGAUUUAUUAGAGACUCACCAUGGUGAAUGACAAAUCCCCCCCUUUUUAUGAGGUUUCUGUUAGACAUCCUGAAAGAAGACAAUAAAAUGGUCUGUUUAUCCUGA